CAAUUCUCUACUAGUCUCGUCAAAAAUUUUGCUUUUAUAGAUUUCUAUCAUCCCAUUCUUUCUGUUUUUGCCUUCAAAGUGCUCUUUCCAAAUCGUGAUUUCUGUCUGGAGCUUGCUCAGCCAUUUCAAAGAUGGGCAACCAAAUCAAGAAAUGGAAUGUCGCUCAUUCCUUGCAAAAACGCAACUUGCUCAUAGCCAUCAACUGUGUUGCUGGUCUUUCCAUCUUCUUCUUUGGAUAUGACCAAGGCAUGAUGGGUGGAGUUAACAAUGCCAAAGACUACAUCGAGUUGAUGGGAUUUGGUCAUGUGGAGACCAUCGAUGGCUCACCAAAUACACCAGUAAUCACCAACAGCUUAUUGCAAGGCGGUAUUGUCUCUGUAUAUUAUCUGGGUACCUUGUUUGGUGCUCUGGUCGGUGGCUGGGUUGGCGAGAAGAUUGGCAGGAUAAAGACUAUUGCUCUAGGUGCUGCUUGGGGCGUUCUCGGAGCAAGUUUGCAAUGUUCUGCACAGAAUCACAUUUGGAUGAUCUUUGCGCGACUUAUAAAUGGUUGGGGAACGGGCAUCUUGAAUGCCAUUGUCCCAGUUUGGGCAACCGAAAGUGUUCCGCAUACUGGCCGAGGACAAUUCAUUGCUAUUGAGUUUACUCUCAAUAUUUUUGGUGUUGUCGUAGCGUAUUGGCUCGAAUUCGGUCUCUCAUUCGUUGACCAAGGCGCUUCACCUGUUCGCUGGAGGUUCCCAAUUGGUUUCCAAAUUAUCCCCUUGCUGUUCCUUUUUACCGUCGUCUGGUGGUUCCCUGAGUCACCCCGAUGGCUUGUAAAAGUGGGUCGCGAAGAUGAAGCUCGAUUCAUCCUAGGACGACUACGAGGAGACGAAGGCGAAGACAAGAUCCUUGCAGAAGCAGAAUUUCAAGACAUCCGAAGCGUAUCACAACUCGAAAAGGAGGCUGGCAACAGAACGUCCUAUUUAUCGAUGCUAACGGGCAGAGGGUCUGGAGAUUUGCACACAGGCCGAAGAGUGCAACUUGUCAUUUGGCUUCAAAUUAUGCAAGAAUGGGUGGGAAUAGCCGGGGUUACAAUUUAUGCUCCGACCAUUUUCCGAAUUGCAGGAUUCAAUACCGAAAAAUCACAAUGGAUCUCAGGUCUCAAUAACAUCUUCUACAUGUUCUCAACACUUAUCUGCGUCUUUACACUUGACCGUAUCGGACGCCGUUGGACAAUGUAUUGGGGAUCCAUCGGCCAAGGGAUAGCUAUGUUCCUAGCAGGAGGCCUAUCGCGACUAGGCAUUAACGCAACGGACGCUGGUGAAGCCGCGAAAGCCUCUCAAUACGGAGCAGCAGCUGCAUCCAUGAUCUUCAUCUUCACUUUUGUCUUUGGCGCUACAUGGCUCACUGUACCAUGGCUCUAUCCAGCCGAGAUCUUCCCACUGGAAGUUCGUGCCAAAGGCAAUGCUUGGGGCGUGGUCGGAUGGAGUAUUGGAAAUGGAUGGCUUACACUUCUCUGCCCCGUAAUGUUUGACAGCAUCGGCGAGAAAACACUCUACAUCUUCGCUAUUAGUAAUGUAAUUACCCUUCCCAUGGUCUGGGCACUGUACCCUGAAUCGAAUCAACGCACGCUCGAAGAAAUGGAUCUGCUGUUCGUGGCGAAAUCACCUUGGGUCUGGGAUGCGGAGAAGAAUUUCGCGAGGUUAAAGGAAGAGCAUCCGGAGAUUGCGCAUGCGGCUCAUCAAGGGAAUUUGGUGCAUGAUGUUGAGACGGGGAAGGUUGGUGGGUCGGUACAUGGAUCUUCGGAGACGAAGAUUGAUGAGGUUGAGAAGAAGCAUGUUGAAGGAUGAAGAGGGAAGAUGUGAGAAAUGGGCCUUCUGUCAGAUAAUAUAGAAGCGCUGCAUACCAAUAAUGGUACAAACUCUUCACGCCUGAGUCUAGAG